AACCACACGGCUGCUGAGAAUCCUCGUAAUCUGCAAAACUCCAUUUAUUAUUCACAUUCACGCAGUGGUCCAUUCUUCAGACUCACUAAUUCUCUAUAAAUACUAUACAUCCCUUGCUACAUCUGAACCCAUUACCUUUCUACUUUUGAUCAUGGCUUCUAUUUCUUCUAAUAAGAAUGCUAUUUUCAGCUUUCUUCUCCUCUCUAUCAUUCUUUCUGUUUCAGUUAUUAAAGUGUGUGAGGCACAAGCCAGGCCUCCUACUGUCAGAGGUCUAUCAUAUACCUUCUAUUCCAAAACUUGCCCUACGCUUAAAUCCAUAGUUAGAACUGAGCUCAAAAAGGUCUUCAAGAGCGACAUUGCUCAAGCUGCUGGCUUGCUUCGCCUUCACUUCCAUGACUGCUUUGUUCAGGGAUGUGAUGGGUCAGUUUUAUUGGAUGGAUCUGCAAGUGGGCCGAGUGAGAAAGAUGCGCCACCAAACUUGACUUUGAGAGCUGAAGCUUUUAGGAUCAUCGAAAGGAUUCGUGGUCUGUUAGAGAAGAGCUGUGGAAGAGUCGUCUCAUGUUCAGACAUCACUGCCCUCGCUGCACGUGAUGCUGUUUUCCUUUCAGGGGGACCAGACUAUGAGAUUCCCUUGGGAAGGAGAGAUGGGUUAACCUUUGCCUCUAGACAGGUGACAUUGGACAACCUUCCACCACCCUCAAGCAACACCACCACCAUCCUAAACUCCCUCGCCACCAAAAACCUCGACCCCACCGAUGUGGUAUCCCUCUCUGGUGGCCACACCAUAGGCAUAAGUCACUGCAGCUCUUUCAACAACAGACUCUACCCUACACAGGACCCUGUCAUGGACAAAACCUUUGGCAAAAACCUCAGACUCACUUGCCCCACCAACACCACCGACAACACACAGUUGGACAUUCGAUCCCCCAAUACCUUCGACAACAAGUACUACGUUGACCUCAUGAACCGACAGGGCCUCUUCACCUCCGACCAAGACCUCUACAGUAAGAGGACCAAGAGCAUUGUCACCAGCUUUGCCGUGAACCAGAGUCUCUUCUUUGAGAAGUUUGUGUUCGCCAUGCUCAAGAUGGGUCAGCUCAGUGUGCUCACGGGAAAUCAAGGGGAGAUUCGUGCCAACUGCUCCGUGAGGAAUGCCAACAGCAAGGCCUUCUUGAGUUCCGUCGUGGAAAAUGUGGCCCAAGAAUUCAUAGAAAUGUAACCGGAUCUUCUUUGUUGUAUAUGUUAUGACCAUGAAUAAUGCGUAACCCUUGUUUCUGGAUGAUCUAACGUGGUAGGGAACCGUUCUCUAAUGUUCCUAGUUAUAUAUACAUACGUACUUGAGUUGAAAUAAAUUUUAAAAUCUGAAUAAGAGCUUCUCAUUGGCAUGUAUACAAUACACUUCAUCUUAA